GUGUUAUGCGACACUUGAAUGCAACAUAACAGGUCGAAUGCCAACUACAUAACAUAAACGCAGAGGACAAACUAUCACAUACUUUCUGUCAUAAUAAAACGUGAAGGUCGUCGACAACUAAUUUUGUUGAAAUGAUUUCUGAGCUGUCCAAUCCGUCCGUGUGUAUGAGGGACCCCAAUAGGGUACAGGAGAUCCUGGGGUCCAUGCAGAAGGCGGGUUCAAACACAUUACAGGUUAUCUCUGACUUUGACAUGACACUGACAAGAUUCGCCUUCAACGGUAAAAGAUGCCCCACCUGUCACAAUAUUCUCGACACCAGUAGUCUUAUCUCAGAAGAAUGUAAAGUAAAGUUAAAGGACCUGCUGAACACAUACUACCCUAUUGAGAUCGACUCGUCACGCUCCAUCGACGAGAAGUUGCCGCUCAUGGUGGAGUGGUGGACCAAAGCACAUGAGCUGCUGGUGCAGCAACACAUCAAGAAGGAUCUGCUGGCUGCUGUGGUGCGAGAGUCUGAAGCCAAGCUAAGGGAAGGCUACCAGCUGUUCUUUUCGCACCUGCACCAACACAGUAUCCCACUGCUCAUCUUCUCAGCCGGCAUCGGCGACAUCCUGGAAGAGGUCAUCCGCCAAGCCGGGGUCUUUCACUCCAACGUUAAGGUUUUGUCCAACUACAUGGACUUUGAUCAGGCCGGGGUGCUGAGGGCCUUCAAGGGGGAGCUGAUCCACAUCUACAACAAACGGGAGGGCGCCCUGCUCAACACGGGGCACUUCCAGGAACUACGGGCCCGACCCAACGUGCUUCUGCUGGGGGACUCUCUGGGCGACCUGACUAUGGCGGACGGAGUGCACGACAUGGAGAACAUUCUCAAGAUCGGCUUCCUUAACGAUAAAGUGGAAGAGAGGAAGCAGUCGUACUUGGACUCUUACGACAUAGUGCUGGUGAAAGACGAGAGUCUCGACGUGGCCAACGCCGUGCUGCUGUACCUCACUGGAAACAAAAAGAAAGCUGACCAAUACGCGGGGUCUGAAAGGCAAAUCAUUGUUGGAUUAUCUUUAAAUACCCGCUACUUUUUGAACAGAAUUCUAGCUUUGUAUAGGCUAAUGUUCCUAUUGUUGAAAGCACAAAAGUGUGUAAUAAAAAACUAGCACAUUUAUAUUUUGCAUUUUGUUUUCUUACUGUACCGAAAAUGAACCGAACCGUGACCUCAAAACCGAGGUACGUACCGAACCGAGAUUUUUGUGUACCGUUACACCCCUAAUAACUACCAGUUAAUUAAACAACUGGAACAGUAACCAAAUAAAUAAUUAGCACAGAACAUGAAUUUUGAUUGUUAUUUACAUCUGUAGCGCUGCAAUGCAUGGCAGCAGAGGUUGACUGUCUCCCCCAAGGGAGCAUUGAUGGCCAAAUGAAGCCUCUUGAAGCAAUGAAGCUUUGCAGUUAGUUGUUUCAAUGGUAGUUCAUUUGGUCUUACGACAGCCUUAUGAUGCCGCUGUGAAAGUGUUACUGGUUUAUAUCUUUUGGUGUAAAUAUCCCAUAGUACAGUGAGAACAGCUGCAGCUUAUAGUCCAGUGCGGCUUAUCUAUGUACAAAUGUUGUUUUGUGUCAAAUUUAGUGAGGGGGGCGGCUUAUAGUCAGGUGCGCCUUAUAGUCUGAAAAUUACGGGAGGUGCAUCAUGCUAAUGUCUUUCUAAUAUAGUUUGGACCGGAAGUGGUGGCAAGAAUGCGCUCCGAGAACAUUUUUAUCCACGUUUCAUGACUAUUCACUAAACUAUACAUGUGAUAGAGUGCUCACCAACAUAGUAGAAUUUUAAAGCUAAUGUGUCCAGUGAGUGAACCCGUUUCAGUAUAGUGGCUUUUUCAACAUCACAGUUUGCAGAGUGCCCGGCUGGCCGGGUAGGCUUGUCCUCCGAUUACAACUCGUCCCGAUGCUCCGUUUGCGGUGUCACCUCCGCUGCGACGAUCUUUCCAUCCUUGUCCAGGUCCUGACUGUUGAACAUGUCCCGGAUGAUGUCGUCGGGCGGAAUGCCAGGUCUCAGGCGCCCCUUGCCUAGCUGCACCUGCUGCGUGAUGAAGUCGGUAAACUACCGAGAAAAAGAAGAGUUUGGUACAGAAGAUUAGGAUGUGAUGAAAGCUAUUUACAUAAAAAGAUAGUUUAGGGGAUAAAAUUGGAUGUUAGGCUAAGAUUAAAAGCACAUAUCCUUCAACUCCAAUGACGUCUAUAUUCGUCAUUUACAGAGACAGACAAGUCAGUCAAUUCCAAAGAUAGGCAUAUCGGUUUUGCGUUAGGUCCAUUUUGUAAAAGUUACCGACCAACGGAGCAAAUUAUCCCCGACGCCAUUUCUCCAGAAUUAGCAUUUAAUACUACAGGUAGUCCCCGGUUUACGAGCAGGUUCUGUUCCUAGGCUGGCGAUGUAACAGGGAUUUCCGCAUAAGUGGAAUUAACCCUUAAAUACCUCAAAACACCCUCUAAAUAAUAAUUAAAAAAAAAAAAAAAACAUGUACCAGACAUAAUUGUACUGUCCUCGCCGAGACGUUGGAGGUAAGUCCUAGCUAGACAGUGAGCUUAGCUCCAAAAUGACGAUGCCAGACAUCUGAAUGGUUUGCCGACUUUAUUCAGCUGCACGUGACAUCAACACUUACAGAAUGAAAAUUAAUUCAGUCUCAUCUUCAAUAACAGCAAUUCAAAUCUGUGUUUACAAGUAGCUGCUGAUAUAGCAAUAACAAAGUACUAGCGCUGUCAAAUUUAUCACGUUAACGGGCAGUAAUUAAUUUUUUAAAUUAAUCAUGUUAAAAUAUUUGACGCAAUUAACGCAUCCACUGAAUGACCCGCUCACGCAUUACCUCAAACACAUUAAUUACAAUGACAUCGUUUGUGCACUUAAGAGUGAAGAGAAUGCCACCGGCCGCUUGGGGGCAGCGCCGUUCCAUACUAAUGUUAUUCCUUUUGAUAGUGGGAGAAUUAGUUGUUGUGAGACGUUUAUGCUGUUUUUCUUUUAGUGGCAAUUAUGUGUCUCUUGUUGCAUUUUGGGUAAGAUAUGUACAGAGAUAUAUAUGUUAUAAAGGCAAGAGGACACAGGCGUUCAUUGGACCGCGCCGUUUAUUGGCAUAAACUUCGGCAACUCCUUCACAACCAACAUAAGUAUCAUUUAGUGAAAGCACAACAAAAAUAAUAUUCCUAUCAAAAAAAAUAAUAAUAAUGUUCACAAAAACAAAGUAGUAAUGAGGCCCAAUUCACACACAGUUAAACAACAAUGCAAAGUAAACUGGCAUUCCCAAUCAAAAUAGCUAUGCAAAAUACACAUAAAACUUACUCAGACUUUGGUCACUCUAUUCUUAUUAUUGUUAUUUUUAUUCUUAUUAUAUUAACUCUACUUUUGAUUGGAAAUUUUA